AUGAACACAGCUUCCGACUAUCGCUACCGUUGUUGGUGUGCAUCGUGUACCACCACCAGACGCACGAACUAUCCGACCAUUAUGGCCACUAAAUUCCUUCUCUCCCUCCUUGCUGCCACAAGCUUGGUUCAAUCUAUCCCUCUCAUCCCCCGAGCCAACGUUUGGGAGACACUUCCUCCAACUCCCCCUCUUCCUGCACCAAUAAACAACGCGAAGGCGCCCAUCAACGGUGUGAACCUUUGGUUCCAGAAGUACAACGAGGCCGCGGGUGGCACUCCCAUCGUACUCAUCCACGGCGGUUUAGGUUAUUCUGCCUACUUCGGCGACGUCAUUAGUCGGUUGAUGGAGAAGUACUACAUUAUCGCCGUUGACCGGCGGGGCCACGGUCGCAGCACCUUCAAUGCUGCCGACACCUUCACGUUCGAGAUGUUCGCAAAGGACACCGACGAUUUGCUCAAGGCACAGGGCGUCAGCAAGGCGGUCUGGGUCGGAUGGUCGGACGGCGCGGCCACCACGCUCGCAGGUCUCCUCGACAGCACCAUUAAUAAGUCGAUCACUAAGGCCUUCGUCUUCGGCGGAUUCCAGAAGCCCAGCGACACCAACGCGACCUUCACCAACACCUCUAUAUACAGUACGUUCGUGUCCCGUUGCGCAACGGAGUACGCCCAGCUUCAACCCGGUGUCGACUUCAUGUCGUUCGCCACCAAAGUUGCCACUCUCGAAGGCACUCUCCCCAGUUGGACCGACGCCCAGUUGGCAAAGAUAGAUGGCUCGAAGGUCACCAUUGCGGGUGCAGAACACGAAGAGGCCGUCAACCUGGCUGUCGCACCCCACUUGGCAUCUGCCAUCCCUCGCAGCAAGCUCGUAAUCCUGCCAGGCGUCAGCCAUUUCGCACCUGUUCAAAACCCGGCUCAGUUCAUAGCAGCCAUCGAAGAAUUCCUUGUGGCAUAG